AUGCUCUUCAUCUACAACGCCGUGCGCAUGUGCGUCGCGGGCUCCGAGGCGUACGACGCCGUGAUGGACCUCGUGCAGUUCUUUGAGACCUACAUUAUGUCACUCCUUCUGUUCGCCGCCGCCACGUCCGCAGCAGCUGCGUGCAACAUGUGGUGGAAUGCCAGCAACUUGAACAGUGCGAUGAGUGGCAAUCUCAGUGAUAAUGAGAUCAAGAACCUGUUGUUCACAUUUAGCAUGAGCAACACAGUCACUUCACAACUGAGUUACGGAGCUCUUCUUAAGCAAAUCGUGGAUGAUGCUAAUGCGAAUGUGAGCAAGGUGCGUGGGGCAUGUGCGAUGGCAUAUUUCGCGGCCUUCAUCUACAUCGCCAUGUUCUGGUAUUACAUCAUCCGCAUCCACAAGCGCGGCAUGCUCAAGGCCAUUGCUGACGCCGCUGUGCCGCCAGCAGACAAGGCCAACGUGCCUCCUUACAACGUGUGA